UACGAGCUAACGAGUAACACGCCAAACAGACUUUUUCAUUAGAGCAUUGCUAUUCUCCCAUUUGAACUUACGAGCUACAAAACUUCUUUGGGUCAAAUGUAUAAUUCUUCCGUUUGUUGGAAAUGCAAUACUAUUGAAUUUACACAGGCUUAGAGCGUGAAAUAGGAAAAUGGAAGCGGUACAAGAAUAGCGUAUCGAUAACGGACCUGGAGCUGUACGGUACAGUAAUCAAACCAGUGUUGUUUAUAAACAGACCUGUCUCUGCAACAGGCGAUACAUGGUUCACUGUGCAAUGGUUUUCAGAUAGCUUAAACAGAUUCGACUCAAUGUGCAACAUUACCUGGCUUUAAUGAAGAUUAUAUGGACAGCUGGAAAGAAAAUUAAUUAAAUAUGUGACUUACCUCAGAAACCAAAGAUAAUACUCAAGACUUGAAUUAUAUUAAAAUUAUGGUGACUGGAAUUAAAAAUGUCAACACAGUUGUCGACCUGUCAGAGGAAUUGAGCCUAUAAUUUCUAGGACAUAAAACCUUUUACAAACAUGGAUGUGACGACGGUCGUAGACAUCAAUGGGACAACGUCAGAAUUACUGCAGGAUGAAAACUACAUUUAUGACAAAUACCUACCUGUUAUCAAUUCAUCUUCAAAAUACAUGCGAUUACUUGUGUAUGCGCUAGGAUACCCAGGCAAUCUAUUGGCUUUCUUGGUUUGGAUCCGAAAGCCGAUGUUACAAAGUAGUGGUGUUUACUUGGCAACUCUGGCUUUGUCCGAUUUACUCUUCCUUUUGUUGGACCUGCCAUACAGUUUGCAAACAGAAUGGAACGUGUUUGUUUUGAACUUACCCGUUAUUUGCGAGGGAUUCACGGUGGUUUACCUUGCCGCACAGUAUAUGUCACCUCUUCUGACACUUGCAUUUACGACAGAAAGGUAUAUUGCAAUCAAAUUUCCACUAAAACGACGCAUGUACUGUACAGUACGAAGAGCUCUGUGUAUGAGCUCAUGUAUUGCUCUGACGUCACUAGGUUUGUGCGGAAUUCAAGGCUAUUUUUGGAAAUAUGAUGUUGUUCAUAAAGCAUGUUUGCGAAGAAUGGGUGAUUACACCCAAGGACUAUGGGAAACAUGGACAUGGGUUACAGAAAUGAUCAUGUUCCUUUGUGUUCCUCUAAUAAUACUUAUUUUAAAUUUGUUGGUGAUUUUUGAAAUACGCAAGUCAAGAAAAGUUGCACUGAAACUCAAUCGUAUACUUUUUAAAACGAACGCUACCACAACAAUGUUGCUAGCAGUGUCAUUUUUCCUUAUUAUUACGACACUUCCGGUGUCUGUUAUGUACGCAUUAUAUGACAGUUUUCCACCAGGUGAUAGUGUCAUAGACAUUGAAACAAAUGAAAAAUGGCAAAUUCAUUUCCAAUACUACAGAGCUCGCACGGUCAUAUACAACAUUGGUUUGACCCAUUUCUUCAUGAAUUUCUAUAUCUACCUCAUGGCUGGAGAAAGGUUCCGGAGAGAGGUCAUGAACGCUAUACGCUGCAGAAGUUCUCGACGAGGAUUAAGUAAACAACGACUGGAAACAACAAAAAUGGAAUCAUUUUACAGCAGUGAUGCUAUAUAACACGAAACAACCAAUAUUGCAUGUCAUUGAAAUCCUCUCUGGACCAUGAGAAGUUGUGAGGUUCGACAUGCAGUUACAUGUUUCAAAACGAGAAAUAAUUGUACUUGUGCAAUUUUUAAUGUUGACCCAUUUUGAUACAUUCGGCAGUCGAUUUCAGUUUAAUUUCAGUUAUUCAAUGACUGAUUCAAAACACCAGUCAACAUAAAACGACGACCAAAUGAGUAAAGAUUUACGUGAAAGUAAUCAGCAUGUUAAUGAUUUAAUAUUUUACGUGUAUGAUGUAAAUCUUACAACAUAACGUUAAAGAAAUGACAUUGGCAAAUGACAUUGUGUUUGGGCUGUCCAAAACUAUACCGUUAUACCACGAAGAUGUGCAUAAUGUGACGCGUUGUGUCAAUGUUUUAUAACAUGAUUCAACAUUGGAUGGUACAUCCGUCACUUACAUCAAGUAGAACCUCAAAUGUGUACAAAAACGGAGACAGUAUAUGGAAAAGACAGCAAACUAUUAGACUGAAUCCUUUGUUACUUAAAUGGGAUCAAAAGUGUGUGAGAGAGUCACUAGCAAGCAGUCAGUUAUAUUUUCUCAUUUCUGCAAUUAUGAUAAAACGUGUUUUGUCUUUGUAACAAAUUGUUUGAAUGUUUUAUUUUAUCUCUGAGGCAGGUUAGUUGGGACACAAGAAUGUAAUAAAUACGAAUUCGAUUGUUGUACUUAUCCCACAAGGUAUUUAACGAGUGUUGUUGUGAUAGCUCAUAAAAUCUUAUCACGAUCCUUUGGAAGUGGUCAUUGGUAUAAACUUGUUUAUAAAUACAUCAGUAUACCUGUUCAGUACGAGUCUUUACUUGUUUUUGAUUUGUAAACAUGAUAAACAUUCUGAAUGGACAUAAUAUAUAAGUACACUGUUU